AUCGAGAGAUAUGCGCGUAUAGAGAUAUGCCCCUGAUCGGCGCGGCCGAUGCCGAUGGUAAAAAAGCACGCGGCUUUCAGCCUCAACAUAACACAUAACAUAAUGCCGCUAUAAAUACGUCCGCCUAAUGGUCCUAUCCCGAAAACGCGAGAAGCCGAGUCUAUUAUGGCGGAUUAGAGCGAGUUCCGGAGUUCGGCGGCGCGUGUCCCCGAACUGAUCCGACACUGAGUCGCCCGGGGAAUCGUCGUCCCGGGCGAGAGCAGCGCCUCGAUUCUGGCGAUCUCGACGCGUUGCGUCGCGUCUUCGCGCUACGAUCACCGCCGGCGCUCUGCCCUUUAACCUCUCCGUCGGAUCCACGUGCACCACCGUCGGCCGCGAUGUCGAACGUACGAGCAUUGAUAAUGCCAGUCUUGACUGCUAUGGGAACAGUAGUUGUUAUAGGAGUAGUAUUUAAAAUAUAUAAAAUUUGGAGUGAGAAGAAGAAAUCUGCACCGAUAUUGCUGGUUGAUCCAGUAGUUAAGUAUAGUCUACCUCUAAUUCAAAAAGAUGAGAUAAGUCAUGACACCAGAAAGUUCAGAUUUGAAUUGCCAACGCCAAAUCAUGUGUUGGGUUUGCCUGUUGGUCAGCAUGUACACUUGACAGCGAAAAUUGGAGAGGAAGUGGUGAUACGUUCAUACACACCUGUUUCGAGCGACGACGAUCGCGGCUACGUAGAUCUCGUCAUCAAGGUAUAUUUCAAGAAUACACAUCCAAAGUUUCCCGAAGGUGGAAAAUUGUCUCAGUAUUUGGAAAAUAUGAAAAUAGGGGAUACUAUUGACUUCAGAGGUCCGUCUGGCAGAUUAGUUUACAGAGGGAACGGUAAUGUCUCUAUAAAACUUCUCAGGAAGGAACCGCCUACAGAAUAUAACGUUAAAAAGAUGGUUAUGCUCGCUGGUGGUACAGGCAUCACACCGAUGUUGCAGUUAAUUCGUGCGAUAAUAAAGAAUCCCAACGACGAAACCCAAACUUCCUUGCUAUUCGCCAAUCAGACCGAGAAAGACAUCUUACUACGAGACGAGUUAGACGAGAUCGCUAAGAAAUAUCCGAAUAAAUUGAAACUUUGGUAUACUGUAGACUCAAGUAGCGAGGGAUGGCUUUAUAGUACGGGAUACAUAAGCGCUAAUAUGAUAAAGGAACAUAUGUUUCCACCAUCGCCAGAUACAAUUGUAUUGAUGUGUGGACCACCUCCGAUGAUCAAUUUUGCUUGCAUUCCGAAUCUUGAUAAACUUGGCUACAAUACUAAAUUACGAUUCGCGUAUUGAGUACAAAUUAUUUCACAAAAAAUAAAGAUUGCAGAUAGUUUACAAAGACAUGCCUUUAGUACUUUAAUAAAGUUAAAGACCAGUUAAUUAUGUUUGAAUAAUUCGCUUAAUAUUAAUAUAAAAUAUCAAAUAAUGCCGAUGGAAGAUCUGCAGAAAUAUUUGUUAUCUAUAAAGACAACUCCAACAGUAUUGAUAAUUAUUGUUAUGAAUUUACAACAAUCAAUAAUGCAUUUGGUUAGUGGCUUUAUCCACAUAAAAAGUAUAGAUGUCUAUAAGAUCAAAAAUAUUCAUAAGGCAAACGCCAAAAGAACUCGUUUUUUUUAUUUUUCAUUGAGAAACACGCUGUGAUUGGCAAGUAGCAAAUAAUUGACAAAACUUGAGAAAAUGACAAAUCGAAUGUACGCGAUAUAAAUAUUUGCCUUAUCAUUGAAAUGUACUUUAUUCAAUACUGUAUCUACAUGUUAUAAAAACGACCUGUAUAUAAAAUAAAUGAAUAAAGUAUGUUGCUAGUGUCUAAG